UCACCCAACUAUAAAUACCCAUCUAUCACCACCCACAUCCACUAACACACUCGAGCCGAUCAUUCACUAGGAAUAUUAAAGAGUUCAAGACACAGCCCCAAAGAGCCAAAAUGUCCAUGCUCUCAUCCCUCUUUGAAAACUUGGGGAUUGCAUCAUCUGGGUAUGUCCAUAUGGACUGGAAAGAGACUCCCCAAGCCCACAUCUUCCAGGUGGAUCUCCCAGGUCUCACAAAGAAUGAGGUGAAACUGGAGGUUCAUCAAGGGAGGGUGCUCCACAUUAGUGGGUACAGAGAAGAAGAGCCAGAAGAGAAGGGUGAAAAGUGGCACUGCAGAGAGAGGAGCUGUGGCAGUUUCUCCAGGCAGUUCAGGCUUCCAGAAGAUGCCAAUGUUGAGGAGAUAAAAGCUUCAAUGCAUGAUGGGGUACUCAUUGUUACAGUGCCUAAAGAUGAGGAUCUGAAGAAGCAUUCACAGAAAAACAUGGUUGAGAUUUCUGGGGAUGAUGAAGCUCAUGCUCCUAAAGGACUUGGUCGCUUCGUGUGUUGCAAAGCGUGAUCAGAAACCAAUAUGUUGAGCACCUCUCCUCCUUCCAUGUGAAUUUGUUUGUGUGUGUAAAUUAAUAGGUGUGGCUUGUUAUGUAUUUGACUUUUUUUUUCCUUCUUUUACCCUUUGAAUGGUUUGGUUUUGUGUCAUUUUCAAAUUUGUACAUUUCAGAAAGUAAUUAUGAAAUGAAAUUAUAGAUUGUAAUCUAUUAUCUA